CACUCAGGAGCUUCUGUAUAAUUUGUGUUAUGCUGAAGCUGUUUAAGGGUAUCGCUGGGCUGCUGAGAAAAGAGUUUGAGGAACUCAAACCUGCAGUUAAUCUCAUUAAAGAAAAACUGAAGACGUUUACUGAGAAUGAACAAGAGUGUAAGAAAACUGCAGAACACAUAAGGAGUCAAACACAGCACACAGAGGGGCAGAUAAAGGCAGACUUUGAAAAGCUGCACCAGUUCCUACGAGAGGAAGAGGAGGCCAGACUAGCUGUACUGAAGAAGGAAGGGGAGGUGAAGAGUCGGGUCAUGGAGGAGAAAUUGGCAGACAUCACAAGACACAUCUCCACCCUUACAGACAAAAUCACAACUAUAGAGAAGGCCAUGGACACUGAAGACACCUCCUUUUUAAAGAGCUACAAGAACAUCAAAGACAGGUAUGGAGACACUCACCUCAUUUCCUUGUCCGAGUCACUUCUUUCCCUCAGCUUGACUGACUCCUGCCUGUCGUUACAGAGCCCAGUGCACACUGCA